AUGGAGAAUUCCACACGUGAAAUUCAUCAGCAUCUCGAUGGAGUAGUAAAAACACCGACAAAUUAUGCGGUUGAAGAUGGAUCUUCAUCGACCAAUAAUGAAGAAGCUAGUAUUGGAACAAUUCUGGAUGAUCUACAAUAUCAAGGAGGCACUCUAUUCGAUACAGAUUCAGAUUCAGAUUCAGAGCUAAAAGGAGAAAGUAACUCAGUUGAAGAUUGUGCAAGUGCAAACAUAGGCCCUACAUUGACUUUUAAGUUGCCGAAUGAGGUUCUUGGUUGGCUGGAUUAUGUUGGUUGCACGGUUGUAGAAGUUAGAAACUAUAGGCGCGACUUGAGAGCAUAUACUACUGGGGCAGAUGCACAAAUGGUACUUAAUGAGAUGAGCCGAAAGAAAGAGAAUUGUCCAGCAUUCACCUAUGAUUUUGAGGUGAACUCUAAGGAUAGGCUCACUCAUCUUUUCUGGUGUGAUCCCAUUGCUAAGAAGAAUUUCCAUCUCUACGGAAAAAACAACCAUGGGAGACCUGUAGCAUUUGGUGUAGGCUUAUUAUCUAAAGAAAAUGCUGAUUUUUCUCAUGGUGUUUUGUCAAAUGUUGCUGUGGAAAGAGUCCUUGUUGAUACAAGACAUCGAUGGUGCAUGUGGCACAUCAUGUUUAAAGUUGUGGAAAAGUUACCAAAGAAUCUACUUGGCAAUGAAGACUUGAAAAAGGAGUUAAACAAUUGUGUGUGGUCUGAGUUGAUAGAGCCUGAAGAAUUUGAUGAAGAAUGGAAUAAAGUGCCUGCAUUCUUUAGGGAUUUUCCAAUGAGUUCACUAAUAAAGACCACAUCAAUAUCUGAAUCUCAGAACAUAUUCUGCAAGAGGUACUCCAAGUUUCGUUCUAAUCUUGUUGAAUUUCUUAUGAAUUACAACAAUGCAUUGGAUGGCCAAAGGAGCAACAACAAUAGGCUAGAAUACUUGGAUUUUAACGCAAUUCCAACUUUGAAAACAAAUUCAGCCCUCGAGAAGCAUGCUUCGACAAUAUAUAGUGAUAGUGAAUUCAAACUAAUUCAAAGUGAGAUUGAGGAAGCAGUUGACAAUGUCACUAUGGUGACAGUGUCAAUCAUUGGUGAGAAUAAGAUUUAUGUAGUCAACGACAAGUUCUCGAAGAACUGGACUGUGUCAUACUCCACAUCUUUUGAUUCAUGUGCAUGUAGUUAUAAGAUGUUUGGGAGGAUUGAGCUUCGGGUCGUUACAAUUGUUGUGGAUGAGACGAAGCGGGAGUAUAGGGAUAUGCAUGGAGAUUUUUAUGAUAUUGCACGGCUUAUUGAAGGAGAUGGUGAUAAAAUUCGAGCAUUUAGACAAAUUAUGGCUGAAGGGAGAAAAGAAGUACUUGGUGAGAGAAAUGUGUUGUCAAUUAGUGAAAAGAGACUAAUGAUUGAGAAGUUUUAUGGAUCACAUGUCCCUAGUCAAAUAGAUGUUCAUCCGCCAGAUGUCUUCAAAACCAAAGGUUCCGGUCGACGUCUUUCCUGGCUUGAGAAGGAAAUGAGAGAGAUGUCCAAGCAUGGUCGGAAAUGUGGAAAAUGUGGCGAGGUUGGUCAGCAUGAUUCAAGAAAUUGUGACAAGCUACAGGAGGAGAAGAACAAGAAAAAGAGGAGAAACCAAUGUUGA